AUGGUCGCGUUAUAUUUGAACUUCGGCAACUUGAUAGCGCUCGACUCCGUGGACUUCAAGAUUCUCGACAAGCAAAUCACCGUCAUCCUCGGUCACAAUGCAGCAGGAAAGACCACGAUACUCAAGACAUUGGCAGGCAUUGUGAGCCCCACGAAAGGUUUUGCCCAGGUGUGUGGCUAUGACGUAGCUACCCAUCCAUCCAUGGCCCGCAAGAACAUCAGCUUCUGUCAGCAGGACGACGUGUUCUUCACCGACCUCACUGUCUCCGAACACCUUAUCUAUUUCGGACUGCUCAAGGGCGUUCCGUACUCGCUCAUCAAGCAGCGAGCCGAGGAAGUGCUCGACGACCUUUACCUGACAGACUGUCAAUAUGCGUUGCCGAGCCAUUUGUCCGGAGGCGUGAUCAAGAGGCUCAGCGUCGCCAUUGCCGUCGUCUCGCGACCCAAGGUGAUCCUCAUGGACGAGCCUACGGCAGGCAUCGACCCCGAGAACAGGGGUGACGUAUGGGACCUGCUGCUGGACCUUCGCCAGACGUGCGCUGUGGUCCUUAGCACCCACGACCUGCAGGAGGCCGACGUGCUUGCCGAUCGACUCACUGUGAUCGCAUACGGAAGGGUGCUUUGUUCCGGAUCGCCAGCCUUCAUUAGAAAAAACUUCGGUGCGGAACGUCCUGGCUACCAGCUCGUCAUUAACAGGAGCCAGGCGCCGUACAAUUCGACGGAAGUGAUGAAGAUAAUCAAACACACGGCGCCCGCAGCCGAGGUGAAGGAAUUUCGCCAGGACGAGGUGGACAUCGACCUCAACGUGGUCGGAACCGAGGGCUUGGACGUCAUGUUCGCUUCACUCGAACGAGCAUCUCGCUCGUUGGGCAUUGAGAGCAUUUCCGUUGCGGCCACCACUUUGGAAGAGCUGUUCGUCAGGAUCAACCUAAGCGAGCUGAGCGAAAAGGAGAUGGGCGCAUGGUUGAAUAAAGAGGAUGACGUCACCACGGCUAGCUCGCUGGUCACCGUCCAGCCCAACUUGAUGCGUACGAUGCUGGCACUGCUGUCCAAGCGAGCUCUGUGCCUGUCACGAAGCUGCGUCGCACUGGCACUCGCGUGGGUCGCGCCUUUCACCAUCUUCUGGGUGAUGUUGAUCUUCGAGAAGUCCGCCUUGCAUGGAGUCGCACCGUUGCUCACCGAUCGCAUCCUCGUGCCCAUAACGCUGGACAGCGUGGAUAAUGAGGAAACGAAUGCUCUCGAGGCUUUCGUGCAAUUCGGUCGUGACCAGGCGAUACCGGCUGCCGCGUAUCGUGCCCUCGCCGAGCAGCAAGGCGCCACGGCCACCACUUUCGUCGAUGCCCCGGAGCGGCUGUUGUUCCUGGCCAGCCAGAAUUUCAUUGCCUACAGUCAGAAGCUGGUCGUCGGGGCAGUCUUCGACGAGAAUGGCACCGUGGAGGCCUGGUUCAAUCCGUACCUGCGCGGUGGCAAGGCCAUCGCAAUGAGCAUGGUGCACACGGCCCUACUGCGGAACCUGACCGAGGGCGGCAAAGUGACGCCGGGAUUAGAGCCCGCCGCACUCAUCUCCUCGUCGGAGACUGUGGUCGAAGGCACCUUGGCGAGCUUCGAACGCGUGGUGUCGGCGAUGUCCUCCACCAGCGCAAUCACGAUGGCUGCGCGCGCCCUGUUUCUGCCUCUGGUCGCGGGUGUCCUGGUGGCGGCGUUCUCUCUAUUCCCGACGGCAGAGCGCGCGAGCCGCGCCAAGGACAUCCAGAUGAUGACCGGUAUGUCUGGGUGCACAUAUUGGACGUCCAACUACCUGUUCGACCUGCAGACGUACAUCACCGUGUGGGCGCUCAUGGGAGUGCUUCACUCCUUCUAUUACGCGGUCACCAUGGAGACGUCCGCGGCGCUGCUACUGGCCGUCCUGGCGUUCUCUAUUGUCGGCCUGGCCAGUGCUUACACGGUGUCGCUCUUCGCCAAGACGCAGCCUGGGGCAUUUUCUUUUAUUGCGCUGACUUUUACGAUUAUAGUGGAGCUGACCAACAGCACGGACUGGGAGCCCCUGAGCCCGUUCGGCUUCCACAGCAGCGGCAUCCUGGCCGAGCUUAUCAUCAUGGUGACAGAGGGCGUGAUACUGUUUGUGCUCCUCGACCGACUGGACUCGGGUCAAUUCCUCUGGAUGCCGGGACCACCCGCUCCAGCUGGACAAGGCGCAGAGGCCACCGCUGCCGACGACGAAGUGCGCCAAGAGAGGAAGCUGGUCGACGCGGAGGUCGCCAAAAGAAAGUUCGCAGACGUCGCCAUGGCCGCCAGGGGUCUGGGGAAGAAGUAUGGCACGACCGAAGUGGUGCGCAGCGUGUCGCUUGCUCUGCGCAACAGCGAGUGUUUCGGCCUGCUGGGUCUGAACGGCUCUGGGAAGACGACCACGCUGGAGAUGCUGGCCGCUCUGUUACCACCCACUAGUGGAGACGCAUACAGGAGCGACCUCUGCAUGUCAGAAGAUCCCAGAAAGUGGCAGUCGAGAGUGGGCUACUGCCCGCAGUCGGGCGGCCUGCUCGAGCAGCUGACGGGCUCGGAGUUCCUGCGACUGAUUGCCAACCUGCGUGGCGUGCCCCACGAAAACGUCGACAGGAUCGUGCGCAGCCUGCUGCGCGUGGUCGGCGUCGCUGACGAUGAAGCUGAACAGCCGUGCGGAUCCUACAGCAAUGGUGCUAAGCGCAAGUUAUCCGUGGCAGCGGCAAUUGUGGGCCUCCCACGGAUCGUGCUUCUCGAUGAACCUGCGGCGCGUGUGGACAUCUUGGCACGCAGGACGAUCUUCCAGGCACUCCAGGCUAUCAUCAGAAAGGGAUACUCGUCCAUUAUCCUCUCCUCAAACUGCAUGGACGUGUGCGAGGCAAACUGCAACCGCGUGGCCAUCCUGGUGUCGGGCCAGCUGCAGUGCCUGGGCAGCGUAGAUCAGCUGCUGUUGCGCUUCGGCCACGGCUUCACCCUGCAGGUCAAGUGCGUCGCCAAGGACGCGGGCAACGCGACUGCGCUCGAACAGGCCGUGGUCGCGCUCUUUCCGGGUAUUAUCCUCACCGACGUGCACCCGGGCCUGUUCCAGUUCUCGAUGAAAGAGAUGAUGCAGUGGAGCGUGCUGUUCGCGCGCGUCAACCAGCUGCAGCGGCAGUUCCAGCUCGAGUACGUGAACGUAUCCAGCACGGGACUCGAGGAGGUCUUCGUCGGCUUCGUGCGCGACACCCGCCGCCCGGCGCUCUCACCCACGGUUACCUCGCCUCGCGGUACAUCAUCGCCCGCUGCGCCUGCAGCAGCCGUGAUUACUCCCGGUUCACCGGCAGGCGCAGCGAAAGGGACCGCCUUAGCCCCGGCCAAGUGA